UGCCAAAUGAUACCGUGCCGGCGUGCCCCAUCACAUGCGCACCACGCCACAACAAAGGGAGUCCCUCGAGAAAUCUAACUCGCUACUCCCCAAUACCCGGAUUCCAUGGAGCCGGCGGCCUAUGUGACCAUCCUAUUCCUCUCAUUCCUCUUCCUCUUCUCGCUCCUCGGCCACCGCCACCGCAAGAUCAAUGGCGAGAACAAGAGAAUGCAGCGGCUGCCACCGAGCCCUCCCGCCAUCCCGGUCCUCGGCCACCUCCACCUCCUUGGGAAGCCGAUCCACGCCGCGCUCGCGCGCCUCGCCGAGCGCUACGGGCCGGUGUUCUCCCUCCGGCUCGGCUCGCGGGAGGCCGUGGUGGUGUCCUCCGCCGCCUGCGCCAGGGAGUGCUUCACCGAGCACGACGUGUGCUUCGCGAACCGCCCACGCUUCCCCUCGCUGCUGCUCGUCUCCUUCGGCGGCGCCACGCUCCCGAUGUGCGGCUACGGGCCCUACUGGCGCAACCUCCGCCGCGUGGCCACGGUGCAGCUCCUGUCCGCGCACCGCGUGAGCUGCAUGCUCCCCACCAUCUCCGGCGAGGUGCGCGCGAUGGCGCGGAGGAUGUACCGGUCCGCCGAGGCCGCCCCCGGCGGCGCCGCGAGGGUGGAGCUGAAGCGGCGGCUGUUCGAGGUCUCCCUCAGCGCCCUGAUGGAGACCAUCGCGCGGACGAAGACGUCCCGCGCCGAGGGCGAGGCGGACGCCGACACGGACAUGUCCCCGGAGGCCCAGGAGCUGAUGAAGGCGCUGGACGUGUUCAUCCCGCUCCUCAGCGCGGCCAACAUGUGGGACUACCUGCCGGUGCUGCGGUGGUUCGACGUGUUCAGCGUGAGGAGGAAGAUCCUGGCCGCGGUGCGCGCGAGGGACGCGUUCCUACGGCGGCUCAUCGACGCGGAGCGGCGGCGGCUGGACGACGGCGAGGAGAGCGAGAAGAAGAGCAUGAUUGGCGUGCUGCUCUCGUUGCAGAAGUCGGAGCCGGAGGUCUACACUGAUACCACCAUCAUGGCUCUGUGCUCGAGCAUGUUCAGCGGGGGAGCCGAGACGACGGCGACGGCGGCGGAAUGGGCGAUGUCCCUGCUGCUCAACCACCCGGAGGCGCUGACGAAAGCGCGGGCGGAGAUCGACGCGUCCGUGGGGACCUCCCGCCUGCUCGGCGCCGACGACGUGCCGCGCCUCGGCUACCUCCGGUGCAUCCUCAGCGAGACCCUCCGGCUGUACCCGGUCGUGCCGACGCUGAUCCCGCACGAGUCCACCGCGGACUGCGCCGUCGGCGGCUGCCGCGUGCCCGGCGGCACGAUGCUGCUCGUCAACGUGUACGCCAUCCACAGGGACCCGGCGGCGUGGGCGGACCCGGCGGCGUUCAGGCCGGAGCGGUUCGAGGGCGGCGGCGCCGACGGGCUCUUCAUGAUGCCGUUCGGGAUGGGGCGGCGCAAGUGCCCCGGGGAGGCCCUCGCGCUGCGGACGCUGGGGCUGGUGCUGGGGACGCUGAUCCAGUGCUUCGACUGGGGCACCGUCGGCGGCGCCGGCGAGGUCGACAUGGCCGAAGGGGUUGGGAUCACGCUCCCGAGGGCUGUCCCUCUGGAGGCCAUGUGCAGGCCGCGCCAGUGUAUGGUUGGUGUCCUCCGGGAGCUGUGAGCUUUCCGUAAUGGUAGUAAGCUUGAUUCGAAGACGAACCAUUGAUACCGUGGGCUUUGUAACAAUGCAAGUUUUCUUCUUCAGUGGAGCCGAAGCAUCUACGUGCGCGCCCGGCCUGCAACAUAUUUGGUUUCUAGCCUCCGGAUAGCCCGAUAAAAAUUUCUUUUAUUCUUCGUUAGAUUGGGCCUAAUCAGCGAAAGCAGGCCCAAAAAGGACUAACCAUUCGGCUCUCAAAAAACAACGUAGCGAGCAAUACAGUUUGGGCUUCUGGCCCAAAACAAAUGUGAGGCCUGUGAUAGUUAGGCUGCCAUUUUACAAUUUUACACCCUCUUUUGCCUUCGAAGCAGAGUAAAAACCGACUUAAAAAAUAAACAGAGAACGUCCUUUUAUAUGAGGACGGCUUUUCCAUGGUCCUUUCGGAGUCACUGGUUCCUUGCCUAGCCUUUUGGAACCACUGGCCGACCGGCGACUCUGGUCCUGUCAAGCUGCUUCGCCCAAAA